AGUUAAGGCAGCGAAGAAGCCAACGCGGCGUUUCUAUUUACAAAUAUUCUAAUUCAAUUUGCGUGGCUCUUGCGCGAAGCUUCGAUCGUCCCACUAACAUUACUCACUUAAUUUCCUCCUCAUUUUAUGGAUCUCCUGCAGUUUCUAUCAUGGGCCUGCAUCGUGUUUACAGUCGGGAUGUUCUCGACUGGACUGAGCGACCUGAACAAGAUGCGCAAAUCCAAAAGUGCUGACAAUAUCCAGUUUCUGCCUUUCCUCACGACAUGUCUUAAUAACAUUGGAUGGUUGUACUAUGGGAUCCUUAAGCAAGAUCAAACUAUUGUUCUGGUCAACACCAUUGGAGCUCUCCUGCAGACCCUUUACAUCACCAUGUACUUGAGGUACACCAGUCACAAGACGACAGUGGUGUCCCAGACUGUCGCAGCCAUGGUAAUCCUGACCAGCGGUUGGUUCUACUUCACUACGUUUCUUCCUCAGGGUCAGUCUCAGCUAAACCAACUCGGCCUAACCUGCAGCGUGGUCACCGUCAGCAUGUACCUGUCACCUCUCAUAGACCUGGUUGGGAUCGUGCGCAGCGGUAACGUCCAGUGUCUGUCCUUCCCUCUGACGGUGGCUACAUUCUUCACGUCCACCUCCUGGGUUCUUUAUGGUCACCAGCUCAACGACUACUUCAUCAUGGUACCAAACACACCCGGGAUUUUCACCAGCCUCAUCAGGUUUUAUCUAUUUUGGAGAUUUGCGUCGCCCGAUCACUCACCUCCAUACAAGUCUAUGCUGAUAUGAAAUGAUGAUUUUAUAUACAGUUGUGGCAGCAAUUGAGUGAAGUUUUGGAAAACCAAGAUCAUCUCUCCAAGUGCCUUAAAAGACUGAUGGGAAGGUCCAUUUUAUUAUUCGUUUCUGGAGUGCUUUGCUCUUGAUGCUCUUUUAUCGCUGUUGCCAUCAGUUUUGGGAAGUUCAGUUCAUUGUAGGACUUUUCACUUUUCCCCUGUUUGAAAGUGACGAUGCUAACAAUGCUGAGGCGACACAGGCUGCGACCAAAUGAAAUGAGCAAAGCUCCAUUUCAAUUCCGACUCUCAGUCUGAGCCGCCCUAAAACUGAUCUGCAAGUACGGCCAUCUGAAAGUGCUAAAAGAAGAGCAGCUCCAACUCAGUCUCCUCUCACUCACAUCCACAAGACUGAACCGUCCUGUGAUUUAGUAUUUAAAAAACCUCCUUGGAUUAUCUUAUUUUCAUAUCAUUAUUAUGACUGUCUUUGGUUGUUGAAGACAGUUGGUACUUACAGGUCGUUGCACACGCCUCCUGGUGUUGCAGUAAUAAUAAAAACGACUCCUUUUUGUUUACAAAAACACCAAUUUCUAGAUGUGUAAAGAAUGUAGAAGCGUCUUGUUACAAUCCAGUGAAACGGAUUCAAUCCAAAGAUGACGUGUAUGUAAAGUAUUUUAAUAUUCAAUCUCUAAACUGUGACCUGUGCGUAGUGAACGGCCCAGCAUUCACACACUACCCUGGAUGGUAUUAUUGCCAACUUGAAACCUUUGACAUCUGUGCCUCUCACCCUGCAUUAGAAGGGAUAUUGUCUCGUCUCGCUGGCGGUGUAUCGUGUUCUAUACCUUUUAUAUAAAUGUUUACUUUGACACGAAGUAUUGUGAGGGAUAUUUUUGUAAUUAUUCUGACAAUUG